AUGGACUCGACCAGAGGCUCCGGAUCCAACCCCGCCUCCAGCAGUAAACAAAUGGCACAUCACGACUCACCAGAGCAACUCCUCGAUGUUUUCAAGGCAGCAGCCUUGUCCGUCACCAAACUAUACAAGACCUCGGCACUGGCGGAAUCCAGGGCACGGUCAGAGGGAUACCAAGACUGCAUCGAGGACCUCUUGUCGUUCCUCGAUAAGGAAGAUAUCGGUCUUUGCGAUGGCGAAGGCUGGAGAAUACGACGAUGGGCAACUGAACGACUAAACGGGCGAAAUGCAACAUACCAACACACGGAAAGCGAAGACGACGCGGAAAAGACAGACCGACACGCUUCUCCCGAAAUGGCACGAUCGCAGCUUGAACCCCAAACUCCUGCCCUCACCCGCGCAGAAUCCCCCAAUAGCUCCUCGCCGGCUGACGUGGAAGAGCCAUACUCUUACACGGUUCCAUCACAAGAAAAUUUUACUUUCGAAUCCUCACAUCCUUACCCUAACAUUGCUACUCUCGACCUCUCCGACCCGUUAACUCACGACCCGGCACAACUUGCAUCAAGAGCAAAGGCUCUCUUCAGCGGCAACUCUUCAAAGCGACCUGCGGGCGCUCUAGGCCGCGGUGCAGGUGCUAAGCGACGCAUGGAUUUCGACGACUUUUUUGGCGGAUGCCUCGGAAAGGAUGUCUUCCCUGGCAACGGCAAGCGAGGCAGACAUGCGUAA